GCCACCCAGGACGCGACGCACCCGGAAGCGCCAGCGGGGCAGCGCGUCGCCAUAGGAACGUCCCCCCAGGCCGCCAUGGGGCUGUGCAAGUGCCCCAAGCGCCGCGUCACCACGCUCUUCUGCUUCGAGCACCGCGUCAACGUCUGCGAGAGCUGCCUGGUCAGCGCCCACCCCAAGUGCAUCGUGCGUUCGUACCUGCAGUGGCUGCAGGACAGCGACUACAGCCCGCAGUGCCCGCUGUGCCAGGCGCCGCUGGGGGACAGGGACACCGUGCGCCUGCUCUGCUACGACGUGUUCCACUGGCCCUGCCUGUCGGGGUGGGCUCGGGCGCUGCCCCCCCGCACGGCCCCCGCCGGGCACCGCUGCCCCCAGUGCGGGGGGGCGCUGUUCCCCCCCCCCAACCUGCAGGGCCCCGUGGCCGAGGCGCUGCGGGCGCGGCUCCGGACGGCAGCCUGGGCCCGGCCCGGGCUGGGACUGCCAUUGGUGAGUGACACA